AUGGCAAACUACCUUAAGCCAUUCAAUACGGCAGCAGUAUGCGCCUUGAAUACCUGCACAACCUCCUCUGUCAGUGCUGGAAGAUGCCAACACCAUCAUCCUGUACAAGAACAAGGGCGACAGAAGCAAUUGCAACAACAACAGAGGGAUAUACCUCCUGGGUGUUAUGCCUUCGAAAUCCGCACUGCUGUCAUGCAUAUGCAUGCCGUAGGAACAUCAGCUGAGAAUUUCUAUCACCACGCCCUGUCAAACCGUAGUCUAUUCAACCUGAAUCGACUGAGAAAAAGACCAAACUACCAUCACCACCUCAACUAUCACUACUAUCUCAUCUUCUUACAUAGCCUAAGCUACAUUUGCAACCACGACCACUAUCUCACAUACUUACACAGCCUUAGCUACCAUCGCAACCACGACCACUAUCUCACAUACUUACACAGCUUUAGCUACCAUCGCAACCACGACCACUAUCUCACAUACUUACACAGCCUUAGCUACCAUCGCAACCACGACCACUAUCUCACAUACUUACACAGCCUUAGCUACCAUCGCAACCACGACCACUAUCUCACAUACUUACACAGCCUUAGCUACCAUCGCAACCACGACCUCUAUCUCACAUACUUACACAGCCUUAGCUACCAUCGCAACCACGACCACUAUCUCACAUACUUACACAGCCUUAGCUACCAUCGCAACCACGACCACUAUCUCACAUACUUACACAGCCUUAGCUACCAUCGCAACCACGACCACUAUCUCACAUACUUACACAGCCUUAGCUACCAUCGCAACCACGACCACUAUCUCACAUACUUACACAGCCUUAGCUACCAUCGCAACCACGACCACUAUCUCACAUACUUACACAGCCUUAGCUACCAUCGCAACCACGACCACUAUCUCACAUACUUACACAGCCUUAGCUACCAUCGCAACCACGACCACUAUCUCACAUACUUACACAGCCUUAGCUACCAUCGCAACCACGACCACUAUCUCACAUACUUACACAGCCUUAGCUACCAUCGCAACCACGACCACUAUCUCACAUACUUACACAGCCUUAGCUACCAGCAACACCACCACUACUCUUUCAACUAA